UGUAAGCCUUUCUGUCCUUGUGUGCUUGAAGAGCCGCUCGGGCGGAGGGUUGUGCAGGAGCCCAUUCCCCGCUGUAGGCGGAGAGAGGGCGGGAAGGGACGGCGGCCCCUCGCCCGCUCUCAGGGGGAAGCCGCGCUCCCGCUGACUGGAAAUCCUCCCCGGAACCGCGCUGGCUCGUCCCCAGCAGCGCCAUCUUCCCUCCUCCCCCUACAGCUGGGCCCUGGAGCGGCCUCCUAACCCUGAGGAGCCGUUAGCGGGUGGCGGGAGGAGGCGCCCGCCCCGCCCUCACCCCCACCAGCCGUUGACGACCCGAAGCGCCGCCCCCGCGCUCUAGGACGCGGUUCCGCGGCGAUGAGGGGCCGGCCGGCUCGCUCCUCCGCCAUGGGCCUGGCGGCGCCGCUGCUGUUGCUGCUGCUGGCGGCGGCUGCGGGCCGGGCCGGGGCUGAGGUGCACAGCCUGCGGGGGAGCUGGCGGCUGCGCAACGGGAACGGCUCGGUGGUGCUGCCGGGGGAGGUGCCGGGCUGCGUGCACACCGCGCUGCACCGCCGGGGCCUCAUCCAGGAUCCAUACUAUAGAUUUAAUGAUGUGAUGUACAGAUGGAUCUCACUGGAUAACUGGACUUACAGCAGGACGUUCAAAUCUCCUUUUGAUAUCAGAAAGUGGCAGAAAGUGAACUUGGUUUUCGAGGGAGUAGAUACGGUAGCACAGAUCCUGAUCAACAAUAUCACUCUUGGGAGAACAGACAACAUGUUCAACAGAUAUAGCUUUGAUAUUACCAGUGUGAUCCAGGAGGUCAAUUUUGUUGAAGUCCAUUUCUUGUCAGCCGUUUCAUAUGCAGCAGAGCAGAGCAGAUGUCACAAAGCGUACAGCGUCCCCCCGGCGUGCCCUCCACCUGUGCAGAAAGGAGAGUGCCACGUUAAUUUCAUCAGGAAGGAGCAGUGUUCAUUUAGUUGGGACUGGGGCCCUUCUUUUCCCACUCAAGGAAUCUGGAAAGAUGUUAGGAUUGAGGCCUAUAACCAUUAUCACCUGAUUUACUUUUCUGUGACUUCUCUUUUUGUAAAGAGUGUUCAGCAGUGGAGUCUUGAAAUCGAGUCUAUUUUUGAUGUAGUUGCCUCCAAGCCACUUACAGGUCUUGUGACUGUGAACAUUCCCAAAUUGCAAACGCAGCAAACGUUCAGUGUGAAGCUUCAACCUGGAGAAGGCAGCGUUGUGCUGCUUGUAAACAUCAACAAGAGUUCUGCAGUGGAGGCUUGGUGGCCAAAUGGACAUGGAAAGCAAACAGGAUACAACAUGACAACAACUUUCAUUAUGGAGAGAGGACACCAGAUUGAGAAAUUUUCAAAGGCCUAUUUUCGGACAGUGGAACUUGUUCAGGAGCCUAUUCCUGGCUCACCAGGCCUGAGUUUCUACUUUAGAAUCAAUGGCCGACCCAUUUUCAUCAAAGGCUCAAACUGGAUUCCAGCAGAUUCUUUCCAGGACAGAGUGACCUAUGACACAUUAUGGCUGCUCUUGAAGUCUGCAGCAGAUGCCAACAUGAAUGCACUUCGGGUUUGGGGAGGAGGAGUAUAUGAACAAGAUGAAUUCUACGAUAUUUGCGAUGAACUAGGAAUGAUGAUUUGGCAGGAUUUUAUGUUUGCAUGUGCACUGUAUCCAACUGACCAGAAUUAUUUAGAAUCCGUAAGAGCAGAAGUUUCUCAUCAGUACAUUGUAUUUCAGGUAAGACGUUUAAAAUCCCAUCCAUCAAUUAUUCUGUGGAGUGGAAACAAUGAAAAUGAAGCAGCAAUUGCAAGCAACUGGUUUUCCAUACCUUAUGCUGACAGAGAAACCUAUAUCAAAGACUACGUGAUGCUUUAUGUGAAGAACAUCCAAGAAAUAGUUCUUGCUGAAGAUAAGAGUCGUCCUUUUAUUGCAUCCAGUCCCACCAAUGGCUUGGAGUCAAUUAAAGAAGGCUGGAUCUCCCAGAACCCUUAUGAUACCCAUUAUGGUGACACUCACUUUUAUGACUACAGCAGUGACUGCUGGAACUGGACAGUGUAUCCUAAAACUCGUUUUGCUUCAGAGUACGGAUUUCAAUCCUGGCCUUCCUUCAGUACGAUCGAAAAGGUUUCCUCCGUGGAGGACUGGUCCUACACGAGUCAUUUUUCUCUCCAUCGCCAACACCAUGAAGACGGCAAUGAUCAGAUGCUUCAGCUGGUGGGGCAUCAUUUCAAGCUUCCCCAAAGCACAGAUCCCAUAAAGAAGUUCAAAGAUACGAUUUACCUCACUCAGGUGAUGCAGGCUCAGUGUGUAAAGACAGAAACUGAAUUCUAUCGUUUUAGUCAAAGUGAAAUAGUCAAGGGAGAAGGACACACAAUGGGAGCUCUGUACUGGCAACUCAAUGACAUUUGGCAGGCACCUUCAUGGGCUUCCUUGGAGUAUGGUGGGAAGUGGAAACUCCUUCAUUAUUUUGCCCAGAACUUCUUUGCACCCCUGCUGCCUGUGGCCUAUGAAGAUAAAGGUGUCUUGUACAUCUAUGGUGUCUCAGAUAUUCAUGUGGACCACAAGCUGACUUUGAGGGUCGUUGUGCACACCUGGAGUUCUUUGGAGCCUGUAUGCACCCUGGCCAAAGAUGAUGUGACCGUUAAAGCACAAAGUGCUGUCCCCAUCUACAAGGAGUCCAUAAACGACUUGCUGGAAAGAUGCAGAAAUUGUACCAGGAAAAGCUGUGUUGUUACUUUCUGGCUUGUGGGAGAAAGUGGCCUCCAGAGUCCUAGGAACCAUCACUUCCUUUCAUCACCGAAGGAUGCUGUAGGACUAGAAAAGGCCCAGCUUAGCGCCUCUGUAUCCCAACGAGAUGACAUUUACACAUUUGCUCUUCAGACCACUGCGAUUGCUCCUUUUGUUUCUCUGGACGUGGGGAGCAUAAAAGGCAGAUUUAGUGACAAUGGUUUCCUCAUGACCGAAAAGAAGAAAGUGGUUGUGUUUUAUCCUUGGGAACCUACCAGUGCUGAAGAACUAGAGAAGUCACUGACCUUGACCUCUCUGCUGGAUGUUGCCUGAGGAUACUUUGUUUCCUUUUAGAUAAGGAGUGGAAAAGGAAGAGGAAAAAAUGAGAAGAAUUUAGCUAAAGUUGAAGCGAUGUACAGUUUGAGCUGACUGGAGAACAUACUGUCUGUUCCUGUCAUGUUAAUUUUAAUUGCUGGUUCAGUGUAAAGAUAUCAACGGCAAAACUUGCAUCUAAUAUAUGUGGUGUAUUGAAAGUAAGGCUUUCUCAGGUAACGGGGAAAAAUAUAUCCCGUGUAUAAAAUGGGACGGGUGAGUUAGUGCAAGUGAGCUGGCCUGACUUCUCUAGUUCACACAAGAUGAAUUGCUGAGUUGUGAAUUCAUCCUAAGAGGCAACACAAAUACGCACCUCCAGACUAUGGUUGUAAAAGUCUAUUUUUUUUCCAGUUUCACUAUGCCGUAAGUGGGAAUUCAUCUUAGGAUAACAGCAAGAGAGUGGAGCUGCCACCAGCUCCAUGGGUGCGCCCCCACUUGGAGUGGCUUUAUCUAUCUACACCCAGAUUGGGAGAGCACUAGUCCUACCCUGCAGGCUGUUGCUCUGUCAGGCGGGCAGAUCUGUUCCCCUUCUGAAAGGGGAAUUGAGUACAAGACUUUCUUCUCUCUUCUCAUGCAACAUUGAGCCAAUAACCUUGAGAGCUCCACAUCUAGCUUUGCCUCUUCCCAGAGUGCUGCAGGUGCGGUCACAAGCCCUUUGCUGCUGCAUGGGAUCCUGCAUAACGUAGCACCGUAUGAGAUAUAUGUGGCUGUGGGAAAAGGAGCAGGGAGAGGAGUUGACCGUGGGUGCAAAGAGAGAGAGGGCGGUACAGAAGAUAAAUGGUGGUUUGCGAAGACCAAAGAGUUACAAGUGGCUGUUUUUUAUCUAGUGGCUGCAGCGUGCAGGGGCUGCUGUUGUCACUCAGACGACCCUGUGCUCCAUACCGAUCCUCCUCUCCUUCCAACAAAGGAAAACCUCAGCUGCAUUUCACAUCUUUGUGCAGGGGUUUCCCAUGGUUAGAUCUGAUGGCACACUGAACUCCUUAGUCCAUACAAAGUAGUGGAGCUUCACUGUUUUGUUUUUCAGUAAGUUUUUAAAAUGUCUAGGUUUCCCAUGGAAAUGUCUUCUCGCUUUGGCAUUUGAUACAAAGAAAGAAGGCUUGCUUCAGCUUAGGGGCUGCUGGAGCCUGUGGAGCUGAAAGCCUGAGGGUUUGGCAGUCAGGAACUCCAGGUCACCCAGCCGUGCUGUGGAGGGGUUGCUGGACGUUGCUCUCAUCUGUCAGAUGUGGUUUGAAAUGCAGCCGUGAUCUUGCUGCGGUUCCCCGAGGAUUCUCUCACUGUCCUUGCAGAGCACUUCACAGUUGGUGCUUGGACAAGCUCUACUGGUGAUGUCCAGCUUGGUGGCAAAAGCACCAGGUGGGUUUUGUUUGCUGUGUGGAGAGAGCGGCUGCACGUUCCUUUGGUCACUUAGAGAACUUGGAGCUGGGGGUGGUUUUCUUGCAGCGAUCACCGUUUUAAUGGACAAAGAGAUGAGUGGAGUGACUGAUGCUUACCGGUCUCUGGUGCCUUUUGAAUUGGGUCUUAACCAAAACUGAUGUUCUCCUGAGCAAGACGGAAAACUUCAAGAUAAAAGGGAAAUGAUAAAUAGAAGUUGCUUGCAAGUGUUUUACUAGGUCAGCAAAACAACUGACUGCAGUUGCACAGGAGGGCUUUUCUGAUUCAAAACUUGUCCUAGUUGAAAGAAAACAUGAAAGUACUCAAAAUACAUAUUUUCCAAUGUUUAUAGGUUAUAUAAAAUAAAUAGGAAAAAUUAUAGUCACAAAUAAAUCUUAAGAGAAAAUGCAGACAUUGAUAAAGGGAUUUAAUAGUUAUCUGAGAGGCAUCCUGGGCCAACAAUACAGGAAAAAUCCUUCAGUUUUUUCAGUGUUCCGGAAUCAAAGUGGAAUCAAAGCAGCAACAGCAUCAAUGUAAGGUAAGGAUGGGAAAAUGUGGAAUAAAUAUGAUUAAUAAAUAUUACUGCAGUGUAUUAGGAAAAGGCUGUUUGGUUGAUGUCUGUCUUUUACACUGAUGUAGAAGCAACAUCUACAUAGAAUUGCAAAUUGGCAGUUAAUGGCAUUAAAUAAAUAAAAACUUGGACAGAAUUACUUGUUUCAAAGGAGAUCAAGAGGAUUAUCUGAAGGGAAAUGAUAUUUGUUCUUAAUGUAUCUCAGAAUAUGAGUGAAGUUUGAGAGAUUUUGGAUGGUGAGAAAGCAUAAACUACGAGUUUGGAUAACUGUGCCCUUGAUUAGCCUGUCAUGAAUUUUAGUCAAAAUCAUGAAAGAAAGAGUGUGGUACAUGAUCAAUAAUUGAUGAAGUGGCGAUGCAACUAAUGCCUAUCAGCACUGUUAUGCACAACAGCAUUCUUUUAUAAUACCUUUUUUGCUGUUGUUUUCUGCUGUUACCAGAUUGCCAUAAAAAGGCUCAGACAAUUUUAAAAUUGUUGUGAUUUUUGAAGGUCAGGAUCUCCCUCAAGGGUGGGUCCGUUCUUUGCCACUGCAGAGCUUUAGUUCAGCACUAGGUGCUGUUAUAAAAGAUUAGCAAUUGCUUAAGCCAACUGCUUGAGCUCAAACCAGAAUUGAAGGGGGGAGGUUCACUUCCAUUAUUGUCUUAAUAUCUUUAAUAUGUUCUUUUGGUUUCCUGGUGUUGUAGUAGGUAUGUAUUUAUAGAUGCUAUUUUCUCCUCUCCCCCACACAGCUGUAACAUGUACCCUGCUUAACCAUUUCUCCGUGGUAUUUGGCCAUUACAUACUGUGCUUGGUGACACUGUUGUGCCUUUGUCUCAACUCAGGGUGAAGACAGGAACACACCAGUGAAGAGAUCUUGAGAGCAGCCCUCACUUGAAUCUACACAUUGCCUCUCUAAGUAAGUGUUUAUAGCUCUUUCAAUGACACCAUGUUACUGAAGGCUGAGCUGAGCCAAGACCGUCGCUGCCAAUCUCCACCUUCGUGCCAAGAAAACCGGCUACGAAGGUGGGUGGCGAUGACAACGGAAGAGCUUUCGCUGUAUUGUCCUGCUGCUGAGAUGGGCUGUGUGAGAUGGACAGUGCUUUUCGAAUUAUUUCAAUGGCUUCUGUGUGAUCCAUUUGUUUCAAAGCAGCAAUCAACUCUUGAACUGUACCACCAGAAACCUAUAAGAGAAGACACCAGAUGCUCGCUGUCAUGCGGAGCAGCUAAAACCAGAGGGCUGCACUGUCUCACCAGGCAGGAGAACAACAUUCUCUGCGUGUCUGUGUGUUCUUUAAAACUCAUUACAGCCACAUUACCUCGUAGUUAUCUAGCAGAGUUUUUGAUGGGGAAGGGCUCAACCUGAAGGCGUUGUUAAGUAUGCCAAGACCCAGUUUUUGUGCUAGAGUGGACCAGUUUUUCUCUGGAUCAGGUGCUUCCAGUAGUUUGCAAAGCUGCAUUCUGGAACUCUCAUUCAGCUCUUUCAAAUGCCCUGGGGAAGAGAGAAAUCUGUUAGUUUAUUAUUUAUACAAAUCAUGCAACAGUUCAUUUCUAAGCAGAAACAAAGCCAAAUUAAAGAGUAUUUUAGAGUCCAUCCAUCCCAGUGUUUACUAAUAUAUUGCUGUAGCACUGAACAUGUCCUCCUUUGUGUCCUUGUCACCCGCCUCUGAACAGGCUCACGCUCAUUCUAUGAAAGAGUGGAGGGGAAGGAACCUCUUCUCCCUCCCCAUCUCAGGUACAAGCUCUCGCAGGACAAUGACUUCUGCAAGUGCAUUUUCAGUACUCAGUUACUAGAGGGAUAUUGUCAAGUCUUUAGAGAUGUUACCUUGUGGCAGUAAGUCCUCUGAAACCACUGUUGCCUCAUAGGGUUUGCCAUUUAAUAUGUCAUACACCUAAGAGAAUACAUUAAAGUCAAUAUUUAGCAGAAACCUGGUUAGCAUCCACUAUAUUGAUAAGUCUCGGUAGUAUUUUAUGAAGUCCUAAUCGCAUCUGUAAAUGGGCAUUUUUUUCUGUCCCCAGGAUCAGUGUGACUAAAGCUACUGUAGAAGACUUAUGCAAAGCUUGAGUUACAAAUGUUGAGAAGUGAAUCCCCUUGCCCUUUCACUAAGUCACCUGGCAACUGUUUUCAAGAUACAGAGGAAGUCUUUGCAGUAAGCAGCAGUAGCACCGAGUGAGGAGUCAGUGCCUGUCUGCAACCAGGAAUUCAAAACAAAGCCUGGCUUAGAUUUCCCCCUAAAGCUGGUACCUCUCCGCAGCUCCUGUGCUCAGAGAUGCUGACGGGUUGUACCUUACACCAAACCAACUGCACACACUCAGCUGCCAAGGCACGGACCAAGUGGCCUAUUCACUGCCUGGUAGGACACAGAGUGUGUUUUUUCCUGCACACACAGUCUGCAAUUCUGAAGAACAUGCAGCAAAAAAACCCCCUAGAGAGUGUCUCACUCUGAAGGUGUGCUUUCAGACACCAGCUGCCCAACCAGCUAAAUACUUUUCCAUAUUGAAGUCUGUAAUGCAACUAUUGCAAGAAGGGCCUGAUCAGUGGGUUUUUUUUGGUGGCUGAGCUAGUUUAAUUUCUGAUGACAAAUUAGUAGCAGGAGUUGGCUGAGAGAGCUGAACUAUCCAUUUAUUAUUAAAAAACAAAAGGAAAAAAACAGACCACAUACCUCACAGUUGGCCGCCAUAUCUAGCGGUGUUGUUCCAGGCACGAUCCCUUCAUCGUCAUCUUCAUCAUCUUUCACAUCAUCUAGAUCAAACAAUGGCUCGAAGUUCUCAAUGUGAGGAUCUGCACCUGGAAAAUAAGUGUGCAAAAAAAUUCUUAAGAAAAGGCUUCAAGUUGGCUUUUCAACACUAUCUGAAAUAUGCAUUCUAAGUUCUGAAUGGCAAAUCUGCUAAUUUAGCUACUCAAGCUAAAUUACAUUUUAUAUUAAGUCAGCAAGUCAACUAAAUUUAAAUGCUGUCACAUCCCUGUAUAAUGCAACGCUCUGUUAUAAAGAGGGAAACAAUGGCAAGCAGGUGUUAGGGCCCAAAGAAGGAGCCGUGAUCAUACAAACUGACUUUGAGUCUCGGCUCACACAGCGCAGCACAAAUGUGAUACAGCGAUGGUGCGCUGCUGCUUUUUGUAGUUUCACUGAAAGUGUGAGGAUUAGUAAAAGACCAGGCACACAGAAAUCCAAGCCUCCUAUUGCUCUGGCUGUUUUGAAGGAGAAAAAUCAGGUCUAAAUACAACUGGAAAAAAAGUUCCAAUAAAUAUUUAAAACUAACUCUUCCACAGUGAUAUGAAAUGGGAGACACCAGCAAGCUCAUGUUUCAAUGACCUAUUUUUUCUUGUUUUUAAAGCAGCCCAACGCUUAUCCCAACUGGUCUCCUCUGCUUUUUCAGCUACAAAAAACCUACAGAAUAAAUAGUCAAAAGACAUCCAAGAGCGCCUGAGAGAUUUUUUGUUACUAACAUAUUUUGCUUUUUUAGCCAUUAGAUGGUGCUAAAGAGCAGCGCACCUGAAAGUAGGUACUGCUAAAAACCAAACCUCCAUGUUUCUAACAUCUGAUCUUCUGCUCAUUAAGCAAGUUCACUGGCACCUUCUUUUCUGCUUGCAGCCUUGUAACCGGAAUUGUCACUGUGAAAGAAGUAUUUCCUUUCAUACCUGCUGCUCUGAGGACGGCUGCCAGUUUUGUAGAGCCCCUUCCAGCUGCUAUGUGCAGAGGAGUUGUCCCAUCGUACGUAGUGCUGUCCACAUCCGCAUCGCCCUAAGUUUGUAUUUAACAACAAAAAGAAAAGCGGUACUCCUCUAGACAAUACAGCUGCAGACUCACAUUGCACCAUUGUCUGUUUGCGUAAGUGCUGUCCAAAAAGAAGGAAUGAGAAAGUAAUGGCCCGCAGCGCCGCGUUCCUCCCCAGCUGCAGCUGCCGCGGGAGCUCUUAAGCACAUGAGGAUCAAGGUGUUAAGGAGAUGAGACAAAUAUGCAAGGGUACAUACACCAAGCUCUCCACGCACACCUGGAUCCACAUUCCACUUCACAAAGUGAUUAACUUGUUCAUGACUAGUUUUAAUGGCUGCCGGGAUUACUCAGUGCAAAUUAAACACAGCAUACGCGGUCAUGUCAGGGUCACAAACUAGAUUCCUCAACUUGGGCAAAAGUUUCACCAGUAGUGCUGAACAAGUAGUAAUGAACAGCAUUAGCGAUAAUUUUGCCCUUAUACCAAUUUAAGUAUGCAAGUCAAUAAACAGGAGAAAACCCUUAUACCUCCAUUCUAAGGCACUUGAGGAUUUUUCAAGAUUUUAAAAUUACGUAAGUGAAAAGACCCGGGAGAAAGAAAUUCCACCCUUACCUCAAGCAAAAGGCAGCCUGCCAAAGGGAUGUUCUCGUGUUCAACAGCUAAAUGCAAUGCAGUUCGUCCAGAUUUUUGUUCCUGAGCAUUGACGUUAACACCAGCAGCAAUCAGCUGCUUGAGGCAGGACAUGCUGUUUGCCAUCACCGCCAUGUGAAUUGCGCUGAGACCUACACAACACAAAACCCAUCCAUCGUGUACAUUAAUAUUUGAAAUAUAUGGAAAUGUCAGAGUCAUGAAUUUUGAAGUGGCCUCAUCUAUGAGAAUGAGUUACUGUAAUUACCUGAGCAGACGGGACUGACUUUGCCUGCUUGUACACUGAAAGUUGGUGUUAAUAAAAAUAUUCUUCAUGCAUAAA